AUAUUUUUCCUUUGAUUCUCCAAUGCCCUUUUCCUUUAUUCGGGAUUGAGCUCUCUAGAAAAUUCCUACCUUUUGCACAUUUUCAUUUUCUUAACGCAUUCCAAUAACAAUCCAUGAUAAGAUAUUUUUACUCCAUUAACUUAUCCCGAUUCUCCUUCCAAGAGCGUGGCCUAAAAUUCUAGUCCUACUCACAUCAUGUCAUCUCUGUUUGACAUGCAACCAAGCACAAGUAAUAUCUAAUCUGCAGAUAUUUACACACUUUGUAUCUUCACUUCCUUGACCUCUAUAUAAAGCACAAGAAGCAGGCAGAAUUGUAUCAACCACUUGAACUACAAGAUGGAAGACACUUCAAACCUCAAUCGCCACCGUCAAUCCUUAGAAAAAUCCCGCUCCCGAAACGCUGCAGCCAUCACUAAUAAUCGCCGCACAGCCAACAACUCUGUCGUGGAAGAGCAAUAUAGGGAUGACGACUUCAGUAUGGAAGAAGAAAGUGACUCUGAGACGUGGAACUCUUUUUCCAACAAUUAUAGACAAGUGCAGCCAGUGUUGGAUCGAAAUAGAUUGUUGAUUCAACAAGUUAACGAGAAUCAUCAGUCGAGAACGCACGACAGCAUGGUGCAGAACGUGGGUCUAAUUCAGGAGCUGAACGGCAACAUAUCAAAGGUGGCUUCUCUCUAUUCUGACUUCAAUACGGACUUCACAGCCAUGGUUCAUCAGCGAAAGAACGGCGUUUGAAAGAAGACCAACGACUAUAGAGGCUUCUCUAAGAUUCUAUAUAUUAACUUCCUUCUCUGUAAUAAUAUAUUAACUUCCUUCUCUCCAGCAAAUUGGAUUAAAAAUUCUGGGUUGAAAUAUCAGGAAUAACACUUACACGUAUUGUGUCUCCCACGUCAUACUUAUAUGAGACCCUUUAAUGUAUGACAUUUGGACUAGUGGGUCCACUUACAAUGUUAAGAAAACACGGUCUAGCAA